AUGGCCGAAGGAGCAAAGGUGUUCAAGAAGACCAGCCCCAACAGCAAGGUGAGUCCAGGCACGCGGAGACGGGACCACGGCGUCUGCCUGAUCGACCCGGAGUACCUGAAGGACAGGAAAGUCUACGUGACGCUGACUUGCGCAUUUCGCUACGGCCGAGAUGACCUCGACGUUAUCGGGUUGACCUUCAGGAAGGACAUCUACGUCCUGACCACCCAGAUCUUCCCACCGGUGCCAGACCAGGCGCCCAAAACCCUCACUCCUCUGCAGGAGAAGCUGAUGAAGAAGCUGGGGGAGAACGCCUACCCCUUCACCUUCGAGAUUGCCACCAACCUGCCCUGCUCGGUCACCCUCCAGCCAGGACCAGACGAUGUGGGAAAGGCCUGCGGCGUGGACUUCGAGGUCAAAGGAUUCUGUGCUGAAAAUCUGGAGGAGAAAAUUCACAAGAGGAACUCGGUGCGCCUCAUCAUCCGCAAGAUCCAGUUCGCACCCCUGAAGACGGGGCCAGCCCCGAAGUCGGAGACCACCCGGCAGUUCAUGCUGUCCGACAAGCCCCUGCACCUCGAAGCCUCCCUGGAUAAGGAGAUCUACUACCACGGAGACCCCAUCAACGUGACUGUCAACAUCAACAACACCACCAACAAGAUCGUGAAAAAAAUUAAGAUUUCAGUCGACCAGAUCACAGACGUGGUCCUCUAUUCGCUGGAUAAAUACACAAAGACUGUGUGCACCGAGGAGAUAAACGAGAACGUGCCGGCCAACUCCACCUUCUCCAAAACAUACUCCGUCACCCCCACGCUCGCGGCCAACCGUGAGAAGCGAGGCCUCGCCCUCGACGGCAAGCUCAAGCACGAGGACACCAACCUGGCCUCCUCCACCAUCCUGAGACCCGGCAUGGACAAGGAGGUGCUGGGCAUCCUGGUGUCCUACAAAGUGAAGGUCAACCUGGUGGUGUCCCGAGGAGGCAUCCUGGGGGAUCUCACCUCCAGCGACGUCGGCGUCGAGGUGCCUGUCAUCCUGAUGCACCCGAAGCCUGCGGACGUUUCACAGCUUUUCUAG